AUGGUCAAACAAGAAGCAGAAAAUGGGGAUGAGAUUGUGCGUCAGAUCAACGCUGGCCUAGGCAUUCGGCAAAUUGAUUUCCCUGUCCAGGCCUGCACCAAAAUCCCUACCAAGAAACUUGAGACAGGAACAGCUCUUGCGCUACGCGAGCAAAUCGUUACUGAAAUCUUUCAGCAAGUCGGUUUCACGCAGAGACAGGCUCCUGAAGUUUGGGAAAGGAUGGGCGAGGCAAUCAUGUUACGCAAGAUGCUGAAGAUGACGGCAUUAGAACAACAUGAUAGAUGGUCAACUGUUCGCGGGCACGUUGGGGAAGCCGUUGACGACUUGGGUUUCAUCAUUGCCGCUUUAUUGUUCCGGAGGCUCCAAUCAUUAGACCCAGAAAGUCGCGAGGUCAAGCACUUCAUCGAGAUGUUUGGCACACGGAACGCCAUCCAAUGGUUAUCUGUUGCUGUAGCGGUCUCCAGGUUGGUUCCCGCGUUGCGAGGACCAUUUAUCAUUGAGAUCGAUGAGGGGAUGAGAAAACCAGAGAUUAGAAGUGAACAGAUACUUGACAGAAGAUUUACGGUCGUCACUACCAAGUCGCCCGCGGUGAAUAUCUACGAAGCCGACAUACGUGAAGCUAUUCGUCUGAUGGACGACCAGUCUCUACACUCAGACAUGCGAAUCAAGACGCCAGGCCUCACCAACCACAACGAAGAGCUAAUCGCACGCUCUGACACAACGCAAGCCGAACUCCUGGCUCCCGCACCAGCGCCUGAUCGCCAUGAAGUACAAGCACGCCAGGAGUUCUUUGAACGCUACAAGCUCUUGUGGAAGGGCAGUCUCCGGGAGCAUGGAUUCAUUUCAGGUAGCCUGCGAGGAUUGGUCUAUCAGGACUGCACCGACGAACAAAUCUUCUACCUGGAAGAGACUGAGAAGGACUUUCUAGCGGAACGCAUGGGGUAA